AUGAAGACAAAAACGACCGUCCUCAUCGUCGGCGGAGGCCCCGUCGGCCUCCUGAUGGCUUUACGUCUGGGUCAGGCAGGAAUCGACACACUAAUCGUAGAGAAACAUCCUAGCUUCCAGCCGGCAACACGGGCGAUGGUCUACAUGCCUGUGGUCAUAUCGGCUUUGACCAAGCUCGGACUAUACGAGCAAGUACGAUCCGCCGCCUACCUCAACCAGGAUGGCGUCUACUGGCGUGACACCGACAUGAAGCCACUCGCUAGGCUUCCCCUUGGCGACCCGCAGUCUAGUCAAUUCAAUGGUGUUCUGCAGCUAGGUCAGUGGAAGAUGUCAUCCAUCAUUUCGGCAGAGCUGAAACAGCAUCCUUCUGUGGAACUAUGCUUUGGCUAUGGCUGUGUUGGGGUGCAGGAAGACGUUGAUGGCAAAGGAGUUCAGGUCCUGUUGCAGAGCAAAGACGACCCAACGGACACACUCGUUCAUGCCGAGUACGUUGUUGGGUGCGACGGCGCCAACAGUAGCGUGCGAAAGGCCAUGUGCAUCCCCUACGAAGGCUUCUCCUAUCCCUGGAAGAUGAUCGGCUGCGACGUGCUGUACGAUUUUCCGAAACAGGAAGGGCUCACGCCACUAAAUUUUGUUGUCGAUGAGAUUGACUGGGCUGUCAUUGCUUACACUGGAGAGGAUGAGGAUGGGAAGCCAGACUUUGGCCGCGAGAAGACUCCAUUGUGGCGUGUUGCGUACAUCGAGGAUUCUGAUCUUCCAAGCGGCAAAGAAGACUUCUUGAGUCGAGCGAGGGAGCGUAUAUCUACGUCAUAUAUAAAGCACGGCGACGGAAAGUUCAAUGUCAUCCGCGCCGAGCCUUAUACUAACCAUCAGAGAUGCGCGGCGCAGGCUCGUAAAGGUCGCGUGCUCCUGGCAGGGGAUGCUUUGCAUUCAAACAACCCCAUCAGUGGUCUAGGCUUGACAAGUGGCAUCUGUGAUGCUUUUGCCUACGGGAAUGCCUUGGUCAGGGUGAUCAAGGAUGGUGAAGAUGAAUCCUUACUCGCGACUUGCGCCAAAUCUAGAAGAGACACCUGGCUGAAUGUGACCAAUGAGAUGUCCCAAGGCAAUCUCAACCGCUUGAGAGCCGUCGACACCAAAGGCGUGGCGAUGCGGGAAGGGUUCUUCAACAAGUUGAACUCUGACCCUAGCUUCCCAGCAGUGAUUCGGGGAGGUCUCGAGCGUAUCCUCCCGCAUACGUUCGAAGCCCCCCAUCCAAUGUACAUGGAGGCUCAAUUUCAUCCGCGAAGCACAAAUAUUGUGGACGGCCUUUCAGCACUAGGGAUGAAGUCACAGACGGUCUAG